AUGCUCCGAUCCGAGCGCGGGAAAUCGCAGCAGUUGGCGCUGCAGCUGUCUGAGGCUCGCCGUGCCACGGAGGAGAGCAGCAAGGAAGCAGAACGCCUGAAGCAGGCCCAGACGAGCGAGCUUCAAUCGGCCGCCGAGAAGCUGAAGACCUUGCGGGAGGAGCUUUCCCAAAGAAGCGAAGCGGCCGGUGAGCUGGAAGCAGAGAGGGUGAGGUCGCAGGACCUCCAGUCACAGCUGGAUAAGUCCCAGGACCGUCACAGGGCCUUGGACAGCCAGGUGAGCCGCUUGAAGGAGCAGCUGGACCAGUACAAGGCUGAGGCUUCGUCUGCUCGGCGAGAUCUGAGCGCAGAAGCCCUGGCUGCACGCGAGCUACAAGCGAAGCUAUCGGCGGCGCAGGAGGCGCACCGGCAAGCCAUGUGGGAAAUGGAAACGUCUCUUGAGCGCGAGCAAGCACUGGUGGGACUGGCACAGAGGGAGCUUGCUUUGGACCGCGAGCGGAUGACGAAAGCCGCUGCUGAGCAGAAGCAGUUGUUGAAGGAGGCCACCUGCCAGCUGCAGGAGAAGGAAGAGAAGGAUCGUCAGAGGCAGCAGGUUGAGGAGCAGCUGCAGGGUGAGCUGUCAGCCAAGGAGGCAGCUCUUGAAGGGCUCAGAACGACCAGCCUCCAGCAGGAGGAAGCAGCCCGGGCGUUUCAGGAGGAGCAACAGAGGACGGCUGAGGAACAUGAGUCUCAGAGACAGCUUUGGCAGGAAGAGCGCACUUGCCACGGCCGCCAGGCAGAUGAGCUCAUGAGCCAGAUCCACGCGCUCAUUGUGGAGAGAAGUCGCCUCGCAGACGAGCUGUCGUCCUUGAGCGGAGAACACCUGCUGCUCCAGGAAGAGCUAAGGGAGGUUCGCCGAAAGGCAAGCAGCGACGGGGACCUCGCAAAGAGGCAGCUGGCCGAAGCAGACCGGGCAAGGGCCGACGACGUGGCGGCAGUGCAUGUGCAGUUGUCUCAAGCUGGUUCGCACCUGGCCCAACGGGAAGAAGCUUUCCAACAAGCGCUGCAAAGGAAGCAGGCGGAUCUGGAAUUGUUAGCCGAGGAAAACUCAACUCUCCAAGCAGAUCUCCUCGCCCACAGGGAGAAUCUACAAGGCAGCUUGGUGGCCAAGGAAGGCUUGAAGAACGACUUGUCAACGACACGGCACCAGCGACAGGAGCUGGAAGACCAAGUGGCUGAACUCAGGCAGCGGGAGGAACAGCAACAGCUCGAAAUCAAGGGCUUGGAGUCCAAAGUGCGGUAUCUUCAGGAACAGCGCGAGAAAGCCGAGGAGGACUUUCAAGACAAGGCUCGGGAGCUGCAGGCGGACCACCGCUACGAAGCAGAAGGUUGGGCGCAGAAGGCCCGAAAGCAGGAGGAGAGCAGCAGCCGACUCGGAGCACAGUUGAAGAAGUCAGAGGCAGAUGUGGAGCUGCUUCAGAGUCAGCUGGCCGAGGCCCAAGCUCUUAGCCGCCAGUUGGAAGUCGAAGCUGAGCGAUGGGCUGCGAAAGCUUCGCAGCUUGAGAGCACCGGCGGGCGCGCAUGCGUUCAGCUGAAGAAGGCCGAGGCCGACGUGGCGAUGCUGGAGAGCCAGUUGAAUGAGGCUCAGAUCGAAAUUGGGCAACUACAAGCGCAGAUCCAUCGAGCUGCCUGA